GAAAAUGUACAACAGCAGAUGAAUUGUGCAGUGAUGAAGCUGAUCCAGGAAGUGGACAUGCGCUGGAACAGCUCCUCUUGAUGCUGCAGCGCUUAUAUGAUGAGAGGCAGACAGUGGGAGCAGCUCUGGCAUCGCUCAGAACAGAAGUUAAUCCUCUCUCUUCUGACGAUUAAGAAACAGUAGCUGCUUGUCUACAAGUGCUGAAACUAUUUUACAUGGCAACAGUGGAAAUGUCCCAGCAGAAGAGAGUGUUGGGGUCAAUGGUCAUUCCACUGAUAAAAAUGUUGCUUCACACAACUCGGGAAUUACUGAUCAAUACCAACAACGUGACCGCAAAACUGUUGGGACAGAACAUGUCUACAACCCUCCUGAAUAAAUUUGACACGCUUGAGAAUUCAACCGUCCUGUCGCUGUCCACACUGCUUGACCCGAGAUUUAAAUGCAUUGGUUUCUGCAGUCAAGACAAAGCACAAUAUGCAGUGCGACGACUGACUUCUGAAUGCGCAGCGCUGAUGAGGCACACACUGGACACACCUACAAAUCCAUCUACAUCAGCUCCACUUCAACCAGCAGCACCAAAUGUACAAAAUCCAUCCUCCACAGCUUUUAACCUUUGGAAAAGCCUUGAUGAACAAGCAACUAUGGCAAGAACCCAGAGGAAUUCCACAGUAGAUGCUACUGUAGAGGUCCAGCGAUACAUGACGGACCCUACCUUGGAAAGAUCUGAAGAUCCUCUGACCUACUGGAAUGAACACAAAAAUAUCUAUCCAAAUUUGUUUAGGCUAGCAAAGCAAUACUUUUGCACACCGGCCUCAUCAGUGCCAUGUGAACGUGUGUUUUUGAAAGCUGGAGAAAUUGUCAGCAAAAAAAUAGAAACAGACUCAGUCCAAAAACAGUGGAAAAAUAUUGUUUCUAAAUAAAAAUCUUUAAAUCUCCAUCCCAUGUACAUAAUCACUCCCUGCCCUAGUUA